UCGUAGACUGAUCUGGCUGUGGAUAUUGUGACUCUUGAGGUUCUGUUGUUUACAAGAGAGGGAAAGAACAACGUUGUUUAUUUUUACAAAAACGAUGGGUGCCCUUGGGAGUUUGGGGCUGUUUAUGACAUUGUUUUUAUUGUCAAAUGCUGCGAGGAUCAGAAGAAAUCCCGAUGGCUAUACUGUCCAUGAGAAACCACCCGAACUUGUUGUCAACGCUGACACUGAAGGAGUCAAAGUACAAGCCCGUCCUUCGAAACUACAAGUGAUCGCCUAUCCUCAUUUACAAGGAUUUCAUCCGUUUGAGCACACUGCCGUUUUAGGACCUCAUAGUCCUCCGGUAAAUAUUGGGCCAAAUGCGCCCCCAGUUCAUAUUGGACCACAUGUGCCUGCUGUUCAUCUUAGUCCAAGGGUACCAAGUCUUCAUUUUGGGACUAAUGCCCCUCUCCUUCAUGUUAGACCACAUUCACCAUUUGUUCACAUGACUCCACCACUUCCCGCGGUCCACGCCUUAAAUGGACCCCCAGUUCAUGUUGUAUCCCCUUCGACUGUGUAUCACCAACCGCCUAUUGUCUUUCAUCAGCCACACUUUGCCUACCCUGGUUAUGGUUACGGCGGAGGGUUCUAUGGAAGGUCUGGUAUCCCUGGUGGUCAAUACCAAAGGUCUUACCACAGAUCUAGGCGUGAUCUGGGUUCACAAGCAGGACGAUUUAAGAGACAAUGGUAUGGAUGGCAUCCUUUCCCACACUCCGUCAACGUUGGCCCUCACACGCCACCUAUCCACGUUGGACCACACUACCCCCCUGUACACAUUGGUCCCCAUGUCCCAGCAGUUCAUAUUGGCCCUCAUGUCCCUGUCAUUAAUGUACCUUCACAUGUCCCAGCCAUUCAUGUCAGACCUCAUGUCCCAGCUGUCCAUUUAGGACCCCCUGUACCAAUCAUUAACGCCGGCAACCAUUUCCCUGCAGUCCACGUGAGCUCACCACCAACUAUCUACCAUCGACCACCGAUUGUCAUUCACCAGCCUCAUAUUGUACAUCCCUAUGGCCAAUGGAAAAGAGCAAGGAUUCCUAAGAAAUACAACAAGACCCUGCAGAAGAAGCAAGAGGAACCCGAACCUGAAGAAGAAGAAGAAGAAGAUAAACCUCCAAAAGGUAGCAAAGACAAUGAUGAAACUUCACAGAAGAAACAAGAAAAUCCAGAAGAACCAGAAGAACAAGAACAAUCGGAAAAUCAAGAAGAACCAAAAGAAGAACCAGAAGAAGAUAAAACUCCCAAAAAUGACAAAAAAAAGAAAGUCAGCCUCAGGGCAAUAGUUGAGGGUGCAAAGAAAAUCCAAAAACGACAAAUGUUCUCGAAUGCUAACUCUGGGCCCAAUGGCGACUCUGUCAUCUUCGUUCAUCCAAAUCAAAACCAUGGCAACGGAGACUCCAAUAUUGGAUUCAAUGACAUCGGGUUAGGAAACUCGAAUCCACUUGAAGGGAACCAUGCCAGUGAUUUUGGUGACAUGUCAAGCAAGGGUUUUGGAGGUGAUAACUUCUCGCCUUCAUUCAGUGACAACGGUGGAAAUAAUGGUGAUAGCCUUGCCGGCAUUGCAGGGGGAAGCCUUGGAGGGCCAGAGGUGGGUGGAACCCAGUCCUUCACGGAUAAUCCUGGAAUGAACCUCGGUGGAAUGGGAGGAGGGCAAAGCUCACUGUCGGACCUCGCUGGAACAUCACUUGGAGGUGGAAGCAUGGGAGGCGGAAUGGGAGGUGGAAUGAAUGGAAUGGCGGGAUUAGGAGGAUCAAGUCAAAUGGGAGGUGGAAUGGGAGGAGAAUCGAUGAGAUCUGAUAUACCAAGAUCUUAUAUAUCAUACCCAGAAAGAGAAGAAUACCAAAUAGAUGACGGCCAGAACUAUAAAACUACGAAAAGAGAUGAAAUCCCUGCUGGGUAUAUAGAAUACUAAUCUAAUAUGCACAGGCAUUACGCUGAUUGACAUCAACAGAACAAGGGCGGUUCAACUCAGCCUUGUAAAAACUUUACAUAAUUAACGAAGCAAUGCUUCGAGCUCUAUCAAUAAUAUUUCAAAUUGAAAUAGAACAAAUGUUAUUAUCACAUUCGCCCUCAAACUCUUAUCAUCAAAAGCCUUUUUAUGACGUCACUCAAAACUUGACCCCAGUUUCUCACGUCCACAACAUACUGUAGCAUGUUUCGUGGUAAACAAGAUUGUUUUUUAUAUUCCCAAAAGAACAGAAAUAAUAGAUAUAUAUUGAUCUUUAGAUUGUUUAUGUUACAACUGGGGACACACCCAAGAAAUAGGAAGAAAAUUGCCACACGUUUGAGUUAUUUUUCUGAUUUUAGAAAUGUUUGUUUCAUAAAUAGUUGUGAGACGUUUCCUAAUCAAAAAAUAAAGACCCAAAAAAAUGAAUUGC